AUGUUGUGCACAUGUGCUUGUAAAAUGGUGACCAAAGUAAUUUGCUGCACAGAAGAAGGGACGUGUUUUAAAACCAAAAUGCAGUGACAAUAAUACUGAGACACGUGAACACCUCUUUUAAAGUUGUUUACUGUUUUGGUUAUUUUGUGCACACUGAUAUAAUCACACUGUGAUGCGUCCUUCUAAAAUGGCGGUUACCAGCGAAAUUGAAAUUUGAAAUGCCUCUCAUAUCGACUUUUGGAGUUGGAUUACAGAUUGACCUCGAGUGUUUUGUCGUUUAUUCCACCGGUCAGCCUUCCUUCACGACUGUGUAAAUGUGAUGAACGUCUGAAAACAAAUCGCUUUCUCGUUGCGGAAUUGGAAAUGAUCGAAAUACGACAUAGCUCCGCGCCUUUUCUCCUCCAUUGUGCUAUAUCCGACUCUGACAUCAUUAUUGCAGGCCGACGGGGAGGAUCGUUGCGCACCGCCCUUUAAGACGGGUCCGAGGCUCGGUCGUUGAAGAAAAAAAAAGUCGUGGCCGCGGUGCUGGUUCCGAGACGCAGGGGGGAAAACGUCUGAGUCCGACCCACGGUCCCAUCCAGCUGGCACGGAGGCGAAAAACAAAUCGUGAGUGUUUUUCGCGAGAGCCGACACGCCCGGGCAAAGAGGAAGGAAGGGUGGGGGAGGAGGACCGCGAGGACGGGGGAGGACCGACCGGACUCGAGGCCGCGAGAGACGGAAGUGAGAGAGGGGGGUUGCUCCGAAGAGGAAGCCCUAUCCCUUUAAAAAGCGAGUGGGACAUAGCGGUGCGAGGAAAGGAGAGGAGGGGGAGAAGAACGAGGAAUUAAAAAAGAAAAAGAAGAAAGACACAGGGAGGGCGGAGGGAGAGCGGGCGAUAAAAAAAGAAAGAUGACAUCCUCGCGGCUGAGCGGCCGAGGUGGGGCGACGGGCCGCGGCCCGGUGAGAGCGCCACUCGCCCGGGCCACGGCUUGACUCCAACAACGAGGCUUCGGCAAACAUCCGAGUGGCCUAACGGACGGGCUCGGAAAACAGAUUGAUUCAUUAAAACAAAGCAUGAUUUGACGGCUGACAGAUACGUGUUUUAUAACCCUUAAUCGCUCUCCCGUGUUACAAAAAAAUAUAUCUCUAUACUUUUACUUCACGUGUGUGUACAUUAGUGUAAAAUUCCGACGUGAGGUUAUGGAGGCAGUCGAAUUGGUAUGAUUCUUUUUUUUUUAACCGUGGCCUGGUUGUCGUUGAAUUAAUCCAAGUAAAAGAUUCGAGUAAGAAGCGAGAGGGUAUCUUGGUGCUUCCCGGCCUGCGUGCGUUCACCGCUGCGCCCAUUUGGUUUCUCUGCAUCAUGCCGCCCCCGUGACAUCAUCACUUUCUUUCUUUCUUCGUUUUUUUUGUUUGUUUGUUUAAACCCACCUAUUUUCCUUUUUCAACGUUUGAGGUGACGGCUCAAGUAUUUUUUUUUACCCCCGGAGCCGACCCAAACCAUGCGAAAGCUGCCCUCUUUGAUCUCAACCAGGAGCUGAUUUUAUAAUCUCCAUCUCAGUGACACAAAAUGGAUGCUGCGUGGAGCAAUUUCCUCUUCCAGGUAGGCUUGAAUGCUCCCACCCAAAACCAAGUGGAGGGGAGCCUCCAAUCGGAGCUCAUGUCAGUCCAUACAAGCUCCCCCCAAACCCCACCCACUGAGCACAUAGCUCAGCCUCCCUCCACGGUGGACACCACAGCUCUCAAAGAGGAGCCCAUGCCCAUCGAGGUCCAUGGAGCUGAUCCACACCCUGCUGCUACUUCACUAGUGAAGCCCAUGUCUCGGCCAGCCCGCGUGCCGCACAUCUGUGCCAUUUGCAACAAGCAGUUCAAGAACAACUACAACCUUCGGCGGCACCAGUCGGUCCACACAGGGCGGCCCGCCAAUCAAAAUCCCACGCCGGUGAGAAAGAACCACGCAUGCGAGACGUGCGGGAAAGCCUUCCGCGACGUUUACCACCUCAACCGCCACCGCCUGUCCCACUCGGACGAGAAGCCCUUCUCCUGUCCCAUCUGCCAGCAGCGCUUCAAGAGGAAGGACCGGAUGAGUCACCAUGUGCGCUCCCACCAGGGCGGUGUGGAGAAGCCUUACAUCUGCCCCCACUGCAGCAAGGCCUUCUCAAGGCCCGACCAUCUCAACAGUCACGUGCGACAGGUGCACUCCUCAGAGCGGCCCUUCAAAUGCCCGACAUGCGAGUCCAGCUUUGCCACGAAGGACCGUUUGCGUGCGCACAUGAUUCGCCACGAGGAAAAGGUCCCAUGCCACAUCUGUGGCAAGCUCCUGUCGGCCGCCUACAUCACAGAUCACAUGAGGGUGCACAACCAGUCACAGCACCACGUUUGCCAUCUGUGCAACCGCAGCUUCACCACACUGACCUACCUUCGCGUCCACGCCCAGAAGCACCACGGCCAGGAAUGGAAGGACAGCCCAGGAGGCUUUGGUGGCACGGCGUCCGGCGGCGUGCUCGUCUGCCAUCUCUGCGGCGUCCACUGCAAGACGCCCACCCAGCUCCAGGGCCACAUGGGCACCCACAGCGGCAGCCAGGGCGCCCAGAGCACCGCCACCUCCAACGUGGCCGCCACAAGCUCCAUUUCCCUCAGCAACAUGGUGACGGCGCCCACCGUGUAUGUCACAGGCGGCACGGUGGUGGACCUCCUGGUCACGGACUGCUCGAGCAUUGCGGCGCCGCAGUCGCAGAGUUAGCGAUAGCCAGGUCAGCAGCAGCAGCAGCAACAACAGCAAUAACCUCAGUCCUUGAAAUCAAAAGAGGGCAAGGUAAGAGAAGAAGACGCGUCGAUGCUAAUCAGUUUACAGUUGCUGAUCAAAGUCGGAGGGUCACAACCACGUUACAUUUCGACACAUUUGCAUUUCAACAAGCUUGGAUACGUCAUCGUCAUAAUCUGAAACUGUGGCCGGUCGUGCAUUUUGGUAGCUGGGCCUUCCGAUUUCGAUUUACAUGGUAACACACGGAGGCUAAAAUGUGAUUGGGCAAAAAAAACAAAAGCAAUCGAACAUCCACACACUACCUGGAAGCAAUGCAGCCCAGGUCAACACUAAAAAUGAAGAGAAGAGACUUGAGAAGAAAUGCACACUAUUUCAUGGAGAGAAUGCUGAUGUUGUUAACGUAGGUCAGUGCUUUUGUUGCAUUUAAGACGGCAGAGAAGGCCUUGCUGCCCCACCACCGAUCCAGGAUGCUCGUAUCCAACUCAACUGAUGACAACUGUGCUCUUCUGGGUGUUUGUUGUAAUUAGAAGUCUCUCUCUCUCUCUGUGUUUUACUCACACCAGCGCUGAUCUUAACCUAUUUUUUUGUUUUGCAGCUCACUGACUAAAAAUAUUUAGUGCUUGUGUUAAGAAUGAGAAAUUGCGCUCUGAAAAAUACAAUAUCUAAAUGACAAGGGAAGUUGAUUCGGUGUGGACGAGGCAGGGCGUCUUUAGCAUGUUAGCUUGUUUGUUCACUGACUUUUAAUACGAGUUUUUUUAUACAAAGUGGUUACCUUUAGGAAUUAGCGGUUUCUAGAUCAGGAUGUGGAUAUGGCAUGGUAGCAAGUACUUCUUGAUAAAAGGUACAAAAGGUCGCCACGGAGGUUCAAGCACCUUGAAGGCCCUUUCACACUGCACUUGGCACCACAAAGAACGCAGUUGGCGAGCCCGUUCAUUGUGUAAGUGCUGCUUUUUGGAGACUGGCGACCACGAGUAGAUUUUUUUUUUCUUUUCCAUUGACCGUGCACUCUGACAACAUUGGUUGAUUUCAGAAUGCAAAUAGCAAGAAAUUUUGAUGCGGUUGUACAGUGGAAAGGAAAGAGAAAGCGGUGUCCCGGUGGCUCUGAGACACAAGGCAGAUGAGGCGCUGAAAAAGAAACCGCUCCCUGUGCCGCUUGACGUAAACCUCGAGACGUUCUUCAUUGAGCUGUAGCUCACAGGUGAGCCUAAACUCCCCCAGAUCCUGGACCCGUAUCCAUCUUUUAGCUGCUAUUUGUCACUCCUCUGUCUCCUCCUUUUAUGUAAAGCCUACUGAACAUCCAAACGAGUGGCUAAAGGCACCGGGCUACUUCUGUGUCGUGGGCCAAUGAAGUGCAGUGUGUAAGUGCCUUAUUGCUGUCCAGUGGAACUUCCAAAGGUUAAUCCCCCCCCCCUGAAGUGGGACCAUUUGUGAAAAGUCGACCGACAUCCAAGUCAAACAAAACUUAUCGUGACGUGUGUGACUGUCAAUAAAUGGUGUCUCAAUGUUGGGAAUAUUGACAGUCUUGAAAUGUAUUUCUCACCGGGAAACAUGUUUUGAAACAAGAACAACUUGGAAGUCAACUAACAUUGGAGGUUCCACUGUCAUUGUUUGGUUUGUCGAGAUGAAAAUAGGCUUGGAAUGAGUUUUCUUGCGCUAAAGUUUUCUUCUCUAGAUCGCGCCGGGCGACACUUCUGAUUUUAACACUGCGACUCUUGCACCCAGACGAUUUAAACAAUAAAACAACUUUUGCAUGAAAGCAAUCCCAACUCGGUUUAUCAGCACAAAAUGAACUUUGGGGUUGUUUCUCUAAGAUUUUAAAUAAUAAUACCAGAUGUUUUUUUUUUUUUUACUUUUUUGAAAAAAAUGAUUUUGUUGGCCAUUUGUUUGAUUGUAACCGUUAUUUCCAUAGUUUUUUUUUUCCCCAUUUGUUUUGUCUACCUGCCUCUCCAAUGAGUAAACGUAAGACAUUAGAUUUAGUGUGUAUAGCACCUAACAUAUUUAUCUUCAUCAAGUGACAUGGCUCUCACUGGUUGCAUCUGUUUUUAAUGUGCUAUAAAAAGGACUUGAAAUGAGUGCCACAGCAAGUUGACAAACUUUUUCAGUUUUGAGAGAAUAUUUCCUUGACCUUUUAAAGUGACGUUACUUUACUGUAGUGUUUAAAACGUGUUCUUCCUUCCUCCCUGGUGAGAAAACUUGUUAUUCACUAGACAAUAAUAUUACUUUACUUCCAUUUACACUAAGAGAGAAAAAAAAAUACCUCUUGAAAUCUGUGCGGCUCUUGUGAUAAAUCUGAAUGCCUUAUCGUACUCGACUGCAUUUGAAUUAUUUUAUGAUGAUCAGAUCUUAGUCAUGGGAUUCAUUGAGAAUAUUAAUGGGAUGUAUUUAUAUUUAUAUUUUUAUAUUUCUCAACAGUAUGCAUGUCCAAAAGGUUCAUGCGAAAAACAAACAAAAAUGCUGAUUACCGUUAUAAACAUUAGGCCAUUUUGUAGCUGAGCUAGAGAUCAUGUUAUUUUGUAAUUUGGACAAUUUCAAGUAAAAUGGGUAAACAUG